UCAAAAUCACAAAGGCAGCUAGGCAAUCAUCUCCUGAUCUCCCGAGUUGCCUCAAGACUACAAUCUCAUGCUCCAUUGUAAUAACUCGAUCGAUUUCACUAUGCCAUGCAUAUCUAUAAAGACUAUUCCGUAUGCUUGAUCAUUUUAUUCCAAUCCGUACAUAUCUCAUUCAUCUAGCGCCAUGCAUGCGAACUGCCUGUGCAGGCUCAACCGGAGACGAUGCAGAGUGUCCAAGGCAUCAUAGCAAAGCAACUGUCUAUUGACGAAUCUACUGUAACUCCCCAAACCAAGUUUGCCGAUUUGGGUGCUGAUUCUCUUGACACUGUCGAAAUUAUGAUGGCUUUGGAAGAGAAAUUUGAGGUGUCAAUCGGAGAAGGAGGUGCUGAGAAUAUCUCAACAGUUCAAGAUGCUGCUGAUCUGAUUGAGAAAGUCAAGGCGGCUGCAGCUUAAUUAGUCCUAAUUGCCUCUAAAGAAGUACUACCUAUAUAGCUAGUUUGAGUCAAACCAUAAAGAGUCAGAUAU